AUGGAUGAAAGAAACGAUCGCUCACUCAGUUUACCCAUUCCUCAUUGUCCAGUAAAACUUUUAUUCGAGACAGAUGAGUAUGAUUUUUACCAAAUUAAGCAGAGGGAGGGGAAAAAAAGCGGAUCCCGGGUUAAGGAUAAUGUGGGUUCCGGGUUAAGGGAAGAUGGGACAAAUUCUGUUCAGAGCCAAGACGGAAGCGAAACAGAAAGUGAUAAUGAGAGGCUCUUCAUCAGUUACCUGAAAAAUAUUACAAAAAGGAACACGCCAAACACGCGCAAGGGGGGGUUGUCCAAAAGUUCUAGCGGUAACAACAUUUAUAGAUAUACUCCUCAAAGUAGUGUUCAGAAGGUGGAAGGAAUAAAAUGUAUCAAAGAGUACUCCGAAAAGGAAUCAGGGGAUGAAUCCACCCCCCAGGUGGCCUUACAAAAUAGUAAAUCCCAUGACGACAACGAACAGAUCCCGCGGCAACCGUACCACAUUUUUGAAAAGCAUCCAGAUUUACCCAUAAGUAAGGAUCUCAGACGAGAGUGGAUUUAUCACACACCCGCCGAAGCCUUCGUUCCAAUGAAAGUUCGAUUGAAUAAUUUUCAGGAAGAAUGCGAAAGGGUUAAGAGAAGGCUACGUGGGGGGGCAGACCGAUUAUCCACCCCAGAUGACCCAAUUAUCAAGCAAAGGAAAGCGGAACAGUAUGAUCCCCUCAUUGAAGCAUUACAGUCGGGAAUUCGAAGUCCAAACGUGGGGGAAAUAAUAAACCAUAUAGUAAAUCAUAAUUGUAAAAAUUGGAAACAGAAAGUAGAUUUGGAGAUACUAAGGAAAGAAGCAGAUAAUUCGAAAAAGGAGAGAGUACUAAAUAGAAGCAAAUGUUUUGUGGACUGGUUACCAAAAAGAGAAAAAAAUGCAUUUAGCAAAUAUGCGAUAAUAGCAAAGUUAAAGAGAAAGACAUUAUCAAAAACAUUUAAACUUGUAUGUGAUUUCAACAAUUCAUUACUCAAGGGGGUUUACAUUAAUCAGAAUUUAAUAAACACGCUUUAUUCGGAACAAGCAAAGCGUUAUUUCCUUGAAUCUCCUUCAAUGUAUUGUUUAAGUUCAAAUGAUACGUUCAUAAUUUCGAUCUCCUUUUAUCAUCCGAUACGGGGUAUCAAAAUUGCUGAGUAUGAAAUUCUGUCAUGGCAAACAUUGGCUGACCUGACAGAUGUUUUUUUUUGUUUCGACUCUUCAAAUUAUGGUUUGCCCCAAUUUGAUGGAUCUGUUUACUACAUUGAUGGAGUACUCUAUCCUGAUUUGAGAUCACCCAAUGCACUGGAUUAUUCAGCAUGCAUAUUAGAUUUUUACAAAAAAAAAAAAGAAAAUAAUUUUAUUAGACCACCAUAUAAGGUACUGCAACAUAAGGCUGUCAUAGGCCAAAUGGAAAUCCCUCUGUACCAGAAGUGUUGCUUUCUACAUCAAGGGAAUUGUGAGCACCGAAUUAUUUUUAAUAAUAUUCGGCAGUAUAAUAGCUUACGCGACAAGGAGUUUGCUAAGUACCCCCUCAGGAUUUUCAAGCCAAAUAUAGCGAAGAAGUUCUGCUUAUGUUGUCAUAAAAAUAUCGCGCAGAAAAUCAUCCUCGAUUGUUAUCUCUUUAAAGAAAACCCAUCCUAUAUAUGCAACAGUUGCUUUAAUUUGUUUCUCCUCGAUAAGGAGGGUAACCCCGUAGACGCCAUUAUGAAGCACUUUGAGUACAUCGACGAGGUGUGA